AUGAAUAUUAAAGAACUUAAUUAGUUUAUGCUAGAUUAUGAACUCAAACCUUCACAAAAACUAAUUAAAUAUCUAAUUAUCAUUGGUAUUUCAGCUAUGAAAAGUAAAACCCAAGACAUUUCCAUUGAAACUAUUAAACUAAUUGCAAGUUAUAAUUUCAAAUUUUCAUUAUUUUUAGGUUCUUGUAAAUAACAAAAAUUAAGAGACGGUAUGGCAGAACUUAAAGAAAAAGUUAUUAAUAUACAAUAAUCACUCUCUCCUAAAAAUGGAACAUUCAAUUUUUAUGAUCAUAAAUCAUUUAAGAAUACUAAGGAUCAAUUAAAGUCUACUUAAUUUUCACCAAUUCUCAAAAAAAAAAAGGAUGACUUAUAAAAUAAAGCUAAAAAGGGUUAAAUAAAGUAGGAUAUUGAGUUUAAUCUCUAAUCGUUAAAUUUAAAUAAAAAAGAAAAUAAUCAACUAAUCAAUCAAUUUUCAGAGCAAACUUAAUCUUAUCAGCAUUUUCAAUAAUCUAACAAUUAUUUUACAUAAAAAAAGGUUAGUCUUGAUUAAAUUGCAAAUAAUUUUUUAAAUUCACCUUUAGUAAAAAAUCCAGUAUCUGCUAGAAAUCUUACAUAAUAAGAAAACGAACUGAAAUGUACUAUUUAUUUUUAAUAUUUUAUAGAUUUUUUUUAGAAUUCAUGGAAACUAAUUUGA